ACCACACUAGAUGGAGCGACACCUGACCCUCCACCAGACUCACGACAAGAACUCCAUGUCUGAGCCUGGUUUGGAGAACAGAAAGUUCAAGUGCAAUCAGUGUGGAAAGGCCUUUAAAUACAAGCAUCACCUCAAAGAGCACCUGCGCAUUCACAGCGGUAAGAGACUCGAGACUCGUCACUUCAAGCGGAUUCAAACCAUUCUGCAAAAGGAAUCUCACCAAGAAAUGCCCGUCAUAAUUUACCCCACAUUAUAUUGUGCAUAAAGAAAUUAAAGC